AUGGAGCUGUAUCAAAUAGUCACCUACAUAGCUAUUGUUAUAAUACAGAGUGAUGCUGGUGUUUGCAAUCGCAAAAACACAGUGAUCCAAGUCAGAGUUCCCCAACGCACUAACGUGACUGUCAAGUAUCCGCCCAUGUUGCGUAGUCCCGUCGAAUACGUACCCUAUCCGUACUCACUAGGGAACAAACGCGAACGACCUUGCUAUAGAUGCCAAAAUUCAAGAUGUUUCAAAUGCAAUAAUCAAGUAAAGUCGCCAACUGUUCUUCCCGGAACAAGAACCAACAUCAUCAUAGAUGUUCAAGGCUCAAGAUCUAGACCUAAUAAAGAUCAACAAGUUAAUCAUGCACCAGACCCCAAUAGGCAAGGGACCCUUGUUGUUGUCCAGGGUGCAUCGUCAGCAUCUAGUGACGCUGUUGCUUCAGCUAAUGGAAAUAAUGGAAAUUCUGCUGCCACUGCUUCAUCGUCAGCUUCAGAUAACCAACUUAUUGCUGACUUUAAAGAAGAAGACAGGGCUCCAGAUGGAUCAACAAAGGACAUUGAGGAUAUAUUUAUAGCAGAUAACUCAAAAUCCAACUCAAGUGCUUCUGCAUCAGCUUCUUCAAAUGGAGGCGGACAAGCGAAAGCAAGUGCGUCUUCAUCUAACCGAAAUGCACCUUCUAAGCCUUCUUCAAAUCGUUCACCACAAAAAUCAUCCCCAUCAAACGGCCCUCAAAAGCCUAGUAAUAAACAAGCGCAACCAAAGAAAGACAAUCAAGGAGUAAAUAAUGGAAAUAAAUCACCUAAAAAUGAUAGAUCACCAGACAAUGAUGAUUUCUCAGAUAAUGACAGUUCUCCAGACAGUAACAAUUCCCCAGAUAAUGGCAAUAACCCAGAUGACGAUGAUUCUCCAAACAAUGACAACUCUCCAGACAAUGACAAUUCCCCAGAUAGUGGCAAUAACCCAGAUGACGAUGAUUCUCCAAACAAUGACAACUCUCCAGACAAUGGCAAUUCCCCAGAUAGUGGCAAUAACCCAGAUAACGAUGAUUCUCCAAACAACAACAACUCUCCAGACAAUGACAAUUCGUCAGAUAGUGGUAAUAACCCAGAUAACGAUGAUUCUCCAAACAAUGACAACUCUCCAGACAAUGACAAUUCCCCAGAUAGUGGCAAUAACCCAGAUAACGAUGAUUCACCAAACAAUGACAACUCUCCAGACAAUGAAAACUCUCCAAAAAAUAGUAAGUUACCAGUCUCUCCCAAUUCAUCAAAUAAUGACAAAUCUCCAGACGAUGGUGAUCAAUCACGUGAUAAUGAUUCCCCAAAAAGUGGCAAUGAACCAAACAGCCAAGACAUUCCAAGUCCUGCCAAAGAGGAUAAAAAAAAUGACGAUUCCGCGCCAAAAGAUGAAGAUUCAGCUACAGGAAAUGCUCCAAGCGGAGACGAUACAACAGAUCCCGAUGCAAAGGGUGCCGACCCAGGACCAAAAGAUUCAAGUGAUUUACCAUCCGAUAACAAAGAUCCACAAAGCGAUCCUAAAUCUUAG